AUGCCCAAGUUUACCUUGUUCGCACUUGUAUGUAGUACUACUUACCUAGCCUACACAGUACAACUAGAAGAUAUUGAAUUUAUCGUCACUCAAAGUUUAUACCAAACCGUAGACAUGCUCGAAGUUCGUGAGAUAACAAUAGAAAUAGCACAUGAUGGAUUCAAGACUGGUAAAUUCACCGCCAAGGAGCUCGCCAGCGCCUUUCUUGAACGUAUCGCAAAGUGGGAUAAGGCCGGUCCUCGGAUUAAUUCGACGAUGGCUAUGUCAGUGACGGCACUGGAAGAGGCGGAAGCUCUUGAUUAUUAUUUAAAGGAGCAUGGGAAAUUAAUGGGAAGACUUCACGGAAUUCCAGUAUUGAUUAAAGACCAAGCGGACACGAAAGGAAUGGUCACUACAUACGGUUCAGCUGUUGCAAGGCACAAUAUCCCCGACGAGGACGCAUUUGUGGUUACCAAGUUAAAAGAAGCUGGCGCUGUGAUUCUAGGCAAGACCACACUCGCAGAAUGGGCUACGGUUUGGUUUAGUGCGAACGGUGCGACAGAUUACGAGUUCACUAAGAAUCCUUAUAACCUUGUAUAUGAUGUCGGAGCAUCAUCCGGAGGCUCUGGUGCCGCUGUGGCUGCAAAUUUCGCUAUCUUAGCUGUGGGAGAAGAUACAGGUGGCUCUAUUAGGGUCCCAUCGUCCUUCUGCAAUAUCGUUGGUCUUCGUCCAACUCCUGGCCUUAUCUCGCGAACAGGCUUCUGUCCCCUGAUAAAAGUGCAAGAUACACCGGGGCCGAUGGCACGAACGGUUACUGACUGCGCGCUUAUGUUAGACUGCAUGGUGGGAUUUGACCCCAGAGAUGAAUUUACGGGUUUCGCAGCUACUGCGGCCGCCCUUGGCCUACCAAAGGGCGUGAACAGAGUGAUCCUGGCAGCAAUUGACAAACUUCAGAGCAGCGGCACAACAUUUGUCGACGUAUAUAUCGAGAACCUAGACCAUUAUAUGAUUUACCCGCUGACAUAUCUCCAAAGGUCACGCAGCGAUAUCAACAGCUUCUUAGCAACGAAGCCACAUCUUCCACAGGACAUUGCGGACAUUCUUCCAGAAAAAUCGGAUACCCCUUAUAUGAGUACUCUAUGCGCUGUAGCGCAUGGCCCGAAGGAUCCUAGGAGCGAUCCGACUUACCUUGAUCGAAUUCUGGUACGGGACGAAUUCAAGCGUAAAGUGGACUGUCUCAUUGCAUCACUCGGCCUUGAUGCGCUCACUUUACCAGAUGUCCGAGUUCCCCCUCCGCGAUUCGAAGAUGCUGCAAACGGCAGAUUUAUGAAGAAUGGAGAGGAAGAUUUCCCAACCAAUACAUAUCUCGCCAGCGUAACACGCCAUCCGGCCAUCUCAGUGCCAGCUGGGUUCACAGAAGACGGCCUUCCGGUUGGUAUGGAGUUAAUCGGUUUGGAGUAUCAGGAGCAAACACUGCUAGAAUUGGCUUAUGGGAUAGAAACGAUAAUAGGGGGAAGGAAAGCCCCGCCAGCGCCAUUUUAA